UUUUUGUUUGAAGGCGGUGCUCAUGUUCUGUUUUUGUUUGAUGAAAUGUCACUUACUUGUAUUUAUUUGCUUGUAAACACCGCAUAAAUUGCACCCUCUAGAAAUAUGAACAAUUUUAAUGCAUCAGCAGAUUCUGGAGGCAGAGUGAAGGGACUUACCAUUGUUAAACCUAUUGUUUAUGGUAACAUUGCCCGUUCGUUCGGAAAGAAACGAGAAGAAGACGGUCACACACAUCAAUGGCACGUGUACGUCAAACCAUACAUGAAUGAAGACAUGUCGACCUAUGUGAAAAAGGUCCAUUUCAAACUGCACGAAAGCUAUGCCAAUCCGAAUCGAAUUGUGUCGAAACCACCGUACGAGGUAACCGAAACUGGUUGGGGUGAAUUCGAAGUUGUCAUCAAGUUACACUUUCACGAUCCGACCGAACGGCCAGUCACACUAUAUCACAUCUUGAAAUUGUUUCAAUCGCCCAUCGUUGAUGGGGCUGCUGUUGAUGGUACGGAUGGGAAAAAAGGACUAGUUUCGGAAUCGUAUGAGGAAAUAGUGUUUCAGGAACCUACACAGCUGAUGCAACAUUAUUUAACAAAUUCUCAGCCAAUUACCAACGAACCAUGGGUGCAUGAUACUGAUUUCGAGGACAAAAUCGUCAAGACAAUGGACAACAUAGUGGAAGUAAAAGCAAAAGUGAAAGUCGAAAUUACUGCACUCAAAGAUAAAUUGAAGUUGGCUCGUGAAACCAUUGGACGGUUUAAGGCUGAAUUGAGUAAAGUGCAAGAAGAAAAUCAAGUUAACUGAAAUAAAAUAAAAAGUCAACUAUUUUUCCACAAA